GGACGCGGAAGUCAGUGUUCUGCGAUCCGAAUCACAAUAAAACGGAUAUUUUAUUUUUAAAUAUCACUUUUAGACACACAUCUGCUUUUUAACACAUCAGUUGUCACACAUUGUAAAAUAAUAAUUAGAGUUAUUUAAUUUUGCAUUGAUAAAAACGACCCAGCUACAAACAUUCGUCACGAGGCAAAGGUCAACCAAUCAGAGGAGCGGAAGUUUAACGUUGCGGUAAUCCGGUUCAGACGUGACAAGUGCGGCCGACUGAACCCUAACUCAAUCCUAAUUUUCUGCCCCGUAGGCACUAAAAACUACCCUCCUCACUGUCCCACCACCGAGCUGGACGUGCCGACUCUCUGCCAUGGUGGACUGAUGCGUGUUCGGACUGGAGACUCUGCACAGCGGGGAGGAUAGUUCCUUUGUAAGCCAGUCUGGUCCGGCAGUCAGGAGGGAUGUUGUGCUCGGACCUGGAUGAGCAGCGAGUAGCCUGACGCGAGUCCUCAAAAAGGCCAGGACGAGCCUUUCAGCUGAGCCCGGAGGACCAAGGCAUCCACAUGGGAGCAACAAAAGCCUGCCGAGGCCUCUGGUAACAACCGGGUCCUGUGAUACAGUUCGCCUGCCCCAAGCUGCCUCACCUAUUCCUGUCAAAAGUGGGACCCAACCAGGCUUCACGGUGGAAACGAGAAGAAGAGCGAAGAUGAAUGCGGUGCGGGGGGGCACAGUCACCUGGCGUCCCCAGCCGUGGCAGGAUGGGGACGGAGGAGGGGGGGAACCUCUGUCCGACAGUGACUCAGAGGAGGAGGACUUCCCCGAUGACAGCACCACCCCCUUGGGAGACUACAUCACACACGGAUUGAAGCAGCUCUUGGAUGCUCAGCAGCUGUGUGAUGUUACUCUUCUUGUUGAGGGAAAGAAGUUCAUGUGUCACAGAGUCCUCUUGGCCGCCGUGAGCCCGUACUUUCGGGCCAUGUUCACCAGCCCUCUGGUUGAGUCCCGUCUCACCGAGAUCCGGCUGGAGGAAGUGACGCCGUCUGUCAUGGAGACUGUGAUUCAGUUUGUGUACACCGGUGAGGCAGGGCUCUCUCUGGACACGGCAGAGGAUCUGUUUGUGGCCGCCAACCGCCUUCAGGUCAUGCCACUUCAAGAUCUGUGCUCCAGGUUUCUGUUUGAGCACCUCUCAGUGGAUAACUGCCUCGGGAUGUACUCACUGGCUCGCUCUCACCAUGACCAGCUGCUGCUGCGUGCUUCCCUGCGGCUGGUCGCUCAGCACUUCCCCCGGGUGGCUCGGCAGAAAGACUUCCUCCUUCUGGAUCAUGGUACCUUAGGCAGCCUGCUGAGCUCCGACCGUUUGGGGGUGGACUCUGAGGCAGAGGUGUAUGAUGCAGCCAGGCGCUGGGCAGAGCACCAACCAUUUGACCGCUAUGCCCACAUGCCAGCACUGCUUCACCACCUGCGGCCGGGGCUGCUGUCCCAGGAAGAGAGCAGAAGACUGUGCCAGGAGCUGGGACCUGCUGCAGCUGGUGAGGGCCUUGGAGGGCCUCUGAGACCUCGAGAGGGCAUGUUUGAGAAAAAGAUCGUCUGUGUGGACCUGACUCCUCGGGAAGAGGAUAAUUUAGCUCUGAGAGACUACACAGUGGACUGCUUUGACCCUCGGACAGGGAAGUGGGAGAAGAUAGCAGCGCUGGGCUCUUUGGUCAGUCCUGGCUGUACGGCUGUAGGAGACCGGCUGUUUGUAGCAGGGGGAAUCCUGCGGACAGGCUCUGUGUCUGCAGCCGUGCAUGAAUACGAUGCAGUGUUGGACUGCUGGAUAGAGAGGCCUUCGAUGUUUCAGCCCCGGGCCAUGCUGGGUCUGCUGGGCUGUGGAGACUCACUCUAUGCUCUGGGUGGCUGUAACCGCUCGGCUCUGCUGGACUCCAGUGAGAUCCUGGAGCUGACUACACUUCAGUGGGUCCCGGGACCUCGGUUACCGCUCCCUUUGCGCGCCUUUGCUUGUGCAGCCUUGCGAGGGCGACUUUACAUUCUCGGCGGAACUACACUUGAACAGAACCGAGCGGUGGUCCACUCGGGUGUGCUUAUUUAUCACACCCUCACAGACUGCUGGACACGUGUGUCUUUGGACUCUGGGGCCACCUGCCUCGCUGGAGGAGUAGCUGUUCGAGGUGGAGUUUGUGCCAUCGGAGGAUACAUGAGAGAUACCACCAAGUUCCUUGAUGGAAACUACACCAAUCUGGAGACUUUGGACGCCACGGGGCGUGUGCUGUUUUUCAGAGAGGGUAGGGGGUCUGGAGUAGAGAGGGAGGUGACUGGGGGAGGGGUCAUGGUCAGCGCAGAGCAGCGGGGAGGUGCAGGCGGUGGAAGCGACAGAGCCCCAAGCCCUGUUGUGUUCCCCGGGCUGCCGCGGCGGAUAGCUGCUGGGGGCGUGGCCAGGUGGAAACGCAGGAUCUAUGUUCUGGGCGGGGAAAACGGCUCACGGUUUUAUGACAGUGUGUACUGUUGGAAGCCCGGCUGGCGCAGCUGGGUCCAGAGACGGGAGAAACUCCCAGGAGACACUGGAGGGGUGAGCCAGUUUGGGUGUACCACUUUAAAGUUCCCUAAGAAACACAUCCUGUCCAGACUGAGACUAGCCAAAGAAAACUGCAAAAAGGCCGCAGACUAGAUAAUGAAGAUGAAGUCGAGGCUGCCGUUCAUGUGACACAGAUGAGCUCCGGGCUGUGUUUGAAUUAGCUUUUCCUUGACCUCAAGAAACGUUGCUGUUGAGAGGAACCAAGAAGGAGACAGUUUUAUACAAUGUGAGAGCAGCCACAGAGCAGGUCUAAGACGGAGCUCAUGAAAUAGAAAACUGACAUGUACAGGCAGAGAGCAACGGGAGCCAGAAACUGGUGAAAAAUCAGGCACCAUGCACCUGAAUGUAACCUUACCCACUAUUGGUCAGAGCAGCCAGGUUCUUAGAGAAAGAAAACGGCCUUCAAUUGUUUUCUUUCUUUUCAUUGGGUAAUAGUAUUUUUAGAUUCUACAGGUGUAAUAUUUCAAGGCUUUUUGGGAACCGUGUCAACGCUGUGAAUCUUUUAGUGUUGAGUUUGGACACAAGGAUACAGGAUUCAGGAUUCUGGACUGCGUAAGAACAGAAUCUCCCUUGAUUGAGUGACGAUGCAUAUUGUUAAUAAAAUGAGUUGCAUUCAGACAAUUUAGCGUGAACCAUCAGUUAUUUCAUAUUUCCCAUAAACCCCUGCAGUUGUUUUGUUGCGUCAUUGCUCGCAGAGGAAGGCAGGGGCAACGGCAGGGCUGGGUGUAGACUAACAAACUGAUUUGAACACUGAUCUCUCCUCCGCCUGUAUCGUUCUCAAGUGUUUUUUACAGGAGAUGAUUAGCUGCUCCUUUUGGUCAAAACAAACAGACCUGGUAAUUCAAACUAGUAAUAACACAGUACAGAAGGAUCAUAUACAGAAAGACGUUUCACUGAUGUUCUUGGCGCUGGCAGGUCUUUAAGACUGCAGCCAGAGCUGUUUUAACUUUUACAUAGUUAGGAUAAAAUCCUUCAUCAAGUUAAAGUCAAAAACUAUGCUGACGGGACUUCAAACACUGAGUAGGUACCGAGCAAAAAGAAAAUUCAAAUUGUAAAAAUCUAACUCCACCUGAUACGAUUCUGAGUCGGUUGCAGCCCCACACAUUUCUUGUUUAAAGUACAUUUCCACAUGAUUGUAAUAAUGCAGCCUGUUGUGUAAUGACAGUAUCCUUGUGUCCAAACCGGCGCUCUCUCCAGCUGAUUUCCAGACCUCUUAUCCAGGUGAAUUUUGUCUUUACUUGAUUCAGUAGCUCUGUUUUCAAAAGGACGGUUUUGUCCGAUUAGCUCCAGCCACAGGACUUCUGAAUGUGUUCGGUGUGGAGGAUCAUUUUUGAGCACAUUAGCGUUCCUCUUAAUUUAUUGAAAUGUGUUUUUUUGGAAAGCUUUUUGUUGUUGUUUUGAAAUUGUAACUUUGGUUCUGGAUGGCACUAUAAAUGUAGACCGUCUGGGGAAACAGGAGCAGAUGUGUGUGGAUGUGAAGUGAUUGAGGAUUUUUUAGUUUCGAAUUGUUAAGUUAUUAUUUUAGAAAAGGUCAGAGAGUUUGCCCACAUGUUUAAGCACAUUGUUUUACUGUAAGCCACUAUGUUUACUCUGUUUUUCUUCUGUUUCCUCAAAUCCAGACACUUCUGAGGGUGUGUUCAUUUGAAAAUCACUGCCAGCCGGGCAGAACCCAACUUUAGUCGUCAUCAGAUUGCAAACUCCAAAACACUGCUGGGGUAAAUUAACCUGUGAUUCAAAGAGGCGUCAUAGUUUUAGACUCCAACUUUCACAGGACGUCGAGGGAUGAGCUUUGAUUUUGUGUACUUUUGCCAUGAAGCGCUGUAAUUCACAAAACUGAAAGCUUUCUGUAAGAUAAAGGGAUGACUGUAGGAUUUAAAUAAAUGGGCCUCAAAUCACAAAACACUAGAGGGCGUUCCUUCAGAGAUAAUUCACUCCAAACUUGCUGAGUGGAUCUCAAAUCAUAACGUCACAGCUGACAUAAAUAUAUACAGAAAUGUAGCUUUAAGUUUGGAUAUAGUUUAAAUACCCUCACUAAGGAAACUAUCAGCCUAAAACAGAGAGAUGUAUAACAGAUAUGCUUCUGUAAAAGCAGAACGGGAUAUCCUUUCACCUCUCACUGAGAUGGGACAAAGUGUUUAACCCUUUAGGUGCAAAUCCAUUUAAGUAUAUUAAAACAGGACCGUCUGACAUGAGAAAGAAAGGUUUUUUCAUGUAACAUGCAUCUGAAACAGGCCCCUGAAGUCUUAAGUAUCUCCCUGGAGGGAAAUAAACAAAACUAUUCCAGUGAAUAAGCAACAAGUGGCAUUCACACACAGCACACUGAACCCUGCCACACCUCCUCUAAGCCCUCAUUAUUUAGGAGCAGAGCUACACCUCCAUGUAAAGGCUUCUGGUGUCCAAAGAGAAGGAAGUUUAUCUGUCCCUGAAAGUACCUGUUGGGGUUCUUUCUUGCUGGUUUGUGGAGUUGUUUGUGUUUUUAGGGAAGUAUCAACAACAUAUUUGGGGGGCUUUUUAGACAUUCUGUAAUUUCACGGACUGUAUAAACACUAAAAUAUUAAAAACAUAGUACUAAAGUGAGUGAGGACACACUACACAGUCUUAAAUUAUGUCAAGUGCACACUUUUUAAGUCCAUUAGGGUGUAGAAUAGUGUAAAAAUGUGGAACUGGACCAAGCAGCAACCUCAAGUGUUAAAAAAUGAAGCUAAUGUGGUCAUGCAAAAACCUGCAGGUCUUUAUAUUUCCACUUGAGAAUGUCUCAAAAAGAAAAGAACACCUGUUAGGUUCCUUGUUAAAAGGCACAUUUCUGGAGCAGAAAUAUGUUGACAGCCAGGUACAAAUAUUCUCAGUCUCAGUAACUCAUUUCUGUAUUCAUAAAAACUGCAAGGGGCAUGAAUUUUUCUAUAACCCGUCUGUUUUUUCAUUAAGGCUAAGUGUUGCACAUACAUUUCGGGGCCAACCUACCUCCCUGCCUCCAGGUUGACUGAAAAUUAGGUUGCCUCAGCAUUUCCAACAUGGUGACCGACAUCUUUGGGCUUCAUAACGCCUCUUCAGCAACAGAUGGGUGACGUUCCUAAAACUGUACAUGUUUCUACAGUCUAUGACACACUUCGAUGACAUCAUGUUACCUGAAAACAACGGAUCCCUUUAAGAAAAGAGGGAGAGCUGCAGCUCCAGAAUUAAUUUGUGUUUACGACUUAACAUUGUAACACAUUUAGGCAGCCCACCAAAAGUCAUGAGGACCAUGAUGUCAUCUGUUUUGAGGAUUUUUUUUAGGUUAUUUUGGGGCUUCAUCAGAUAAGACAGCUUGAGAGAUACAGGACAUGUGGGGACGGAGAGAGGGGAGUGGCCUUCAACAAACCAUGCAGGGACCUGGAAUCAAUCCUGAAAUCAGUGUGAUGAGAACUGUAGUCUCUGUACAUGGGGUCCCUACUCUACCUACUAAACCAAACCAGCGCCCCCUCAUGAGGAUGUUUCACUGAAAAUACAAACUACUUCAAAGGCCAGCCAAACAAACAAAGCAAGUAGCUAGAUGUUGCAUCUCCAGUAAGAAAAAUUAUAGGUGGUUUCUUCCCUUUUGCAUCCCUGCUCGCUUUGUUUUCAUAUUUUGGGGGCAACAAUGUUUACGUACAUGUCAGCACUAUUUCUUUGAACUCUGGGCAAGUCCCACAGGAACUUUCCCAAACAGCCAGUAGCCACAUUGAAGCAGAACGGUACAGUUUAGUGUAGCAGAGCUCCCUGCAAGUGCAUGGGGAAGUCGUCGUUUGGAUUAGGCCUUUGUCACAAUCGGCCCUUAUUCUGCCAUAUUGCUUUUUAUUUAUAGUUGUGAGGAGUACAUUUGUUUGACUGCCAAGUUAACGUAUGGACCAGUUCUCUCAGAAAUCACUUACACUAACUUUAACAGCUUUAUUAUAAGACUGAGUGUCCGAUGAUCAUUUUAGGUCUCUCAAAAAGCCAUCCAAGCGUCUCACUGUCUCCUCUGUGUGAUGAAUGUUCUCAGAUUUCUUCCAGGAUUUCCUUUUGUCACCUCACCCCUGAUGAUGAGGAAGUAAUCGGGGCUAGACAUAUACUUAAGAACAUAUAUGAGGACUGGUAGGAUGUGGGUGGGCUCCUGGUAUCUAAUAUUGUAAGGAAUCAUUACUUCUGAUUCUGACAUGGUCGACCAAAAUGCUUCAAACCUGAUGAGGACAAAUGAUCCUCAAGGUUAAAUUCUUGAACUUGAUUUCACUAUGUUAAAACACACAACAAACAAAGUGGCUGGUUUAACAGUAUUCGCUUGACUUUCUGUUUCUCAUCACUCUGUUUAAUUUAAAGUCCCGUGCUCUGAUUUCCUCUCAAACAGUCAGAGUAACUUAUUUUCCGUUCCUCGGUGCGCUUACGGCUUGUAUGAAGUGUGAAAAGUGAAUCUGUGUGCAUGCAUGUUUUCUAUGCCAAGGUGUAAAUCUGUUCAACACACGCUCUUUGCACACAUCCGCACCUGCACUGUGUCCAUCCAGAGAAGUGGAGCUGCCCUCAUUUGUACAAUCUGAUGAAGUGUGUGAACUGAGAGAACGCGGUUGUUUUGAUGAAAGCAGUGCUAUCAAAUGAUUAAAGGACUAUUUGCUUACAUUUUA